AUGAUCGCCGCAUUGCUCCGUUGCAUCCUGUCGCUCAAGGACAUUGAAGGUAUCAAUGUCAGCACCAUCUGGGCAAUCAGAGAGACUAUGUCCGUCAUUCAGUUCGUUGGAAUCAUCGCCGUGAACGCAGCCUGCAUCAGACCAUUGUUCUCUUCCUCACAUUGGUUGAGGUCUACCAAGGGCAGCAGCGGAGCCAACCAGAAGUACCCCGGCUCGGGUGACAGAUACGGUCAUCAAUUAGUCACGAUAGGAGGUGGAGGGCAAAGUGCCGAUCGAUCUGGAUUGCCUGCAAAGAGACGAUACAACAAGUACAACAUGACGGAGUUGGACAACAACUCGAGCGAAGAGCAGAUUGUGAAAUCGUCCGACUCAGCCAACUGGCCUCAAAAUGGUGGCCGCGACGGUAGUCUGAACAGCAAAUCAAGUGGGCAGCACGGGCAUGGAGGUAUCGUUGUCACAACGACAUAUGAGGUGAAGCCAGAAAACAAAGUCUGA